CAGACAGAGUUCAGUUCAGUGCAGAGUUGAGAUCACAACAGUGCGGUCGAGCAACAGAGAGCCAUGGACUACCUGCCUUUCUUCUCUUUAGAAACAUGGAUUCUGCUGAUCACAUGUAUCGGUGUAUUUGUAAUGUAAGAGUGUUACGUUCGAUUGAUUUUAGUCAAAGUACUUGAGGUGAAAUUGGUCGCUUAAAAUAAUGCACUGAUCAUUAAACUUUUUCCUUUCAAGUUAACUGUAAUUUGAUACUAUUUAAAGGUGUGAUGUAAUGUUGUGAACAGGUAUGGCAAAGGGACUCACAAGACAUUUGAGAAGUUGGGGAUCCCGGGUCCCAAGCCGAUCAUGUACUGGGGAACAGUUGGCAGGCACAGUUUACUACUUAGAUGACAAGGAGUGUGCAAAAAAGUAUGGGAGAGUGUGGGGAGGAUAUGAGUUAGUGAAGCCUGUGCUAGCUGUGAUGGACCCUGACAUGUUGAAAACCAUCCUGGUGAAGGAGUGCCUGACCCACUUUACCAACCGGCGGAACUUCCUCCUGAAUGGGGAGCUCUAUGAUGCUGUGAAUCUUGCUGAGGAUUAUCAAUGGAGACGGCUUCGUAACAUCCUCUCUCCUAACUUCACCUCUGGCCGUAUAAAAGAGAUGUUUAGCAUCAUGAAACAUCAUUCCCACAAGCUGACAACCUGCCUGCAGUCCAAAGCGCGCAAUAAUGAAGUCAUAACUAUGAAAGACUUCUUUGGAGCCUAUACUAUUGAUGUGAUGGCGAGCUGUGUGUUCAGUGUGGAUAUGGACUCAAUCAGCAACCCUUCAAGUCCAAGUCCCUUCAUCACCCAUCUCUCCAAGCUGUUCAGAUUUUCCCUAAUACCUUUCAUGUUCGCAGCAUGGUUUCCCAUAUUUCUCCCUAUCUUGGAGCUGCUGGGAGUCUCCCUCUUCCCAAGGUCCACUACUACUUUCUUUAAAGCGCUUGUGGAGAAGGUCAGAGCAGAACGCAAUGGGAGCUCACAGCAGAACUCAAGAGAUUUUCUUCAAAACAUGAUUGACUAUCAGACUGCCAGUGGACCCGAGAAUCAAACACAAAAUAAAGGCCUCACUGAUCAUGAGAUCAUCUCACAAGUAACAAUGCUUGUGUUCGCUGGUUACGAGACGAGCAGCACCACCCUCACUUUACUGGCCUACAGUUUGGCACGAAACCCUGAAGUGAUGAAACGCUUGCAAGCGGAGAUAGACUCCACUUUCCCUAAUAAGGGUCCGAUCCAAUAUGAAGCUCUGAUGCAGAUGGAGUACCUAGACAGUGUUGUCAGUGAGGGUCUGAGAUUCUACCCUCCAGCUGGCCGUCUGGAGCGAAUAGCCAAACAAACAGUCAAGGUCAAUGGAGUUACAAUCCCAAAAAACAUGCUUGUUAUGAUUCCAGUCUACGCUCUGCACCAUGACCCAGAGCUGUGGCCGGAGCCAGAGGAGUUCAAACCUGACAGAUUUAGUAAGCAGAACAAGCAGAACAUCAACCAAUACACCUAUCUGCCAUUUGGGCUCGGGCCGAGGAACUGCAUCGGGAUGCGUUUUGCUCUGGUGAUGGUUAAACUGGCCUUGGUGGAAGUUUUACAGAACUACAGCUUCUCAGUCUGUGAGGAGACAGAGAUUCCUUUGACAAUGGAUCCCCAAGGCAGUGUUGGACCCAAAAACCCAAUCAAACUAAAGCUGGUGACGCGUUCGGUCGAGUGCAACUAGGGAGGACUUAGAGAUGCGUCACUAAAGGCUGAACUGUCCUGGAGAUUUGUAAUUUUAGAAACUGACAAAGCUGCCUCAAUGUACUACAAUAAGCAUUUCAUCUGUACCUUUUAUCUUUUGCUAUGUCUGUUCUCAUUCACAUCGUAUUACAAUGAAUCAUGUUGAUUUCUGGAGAACUGAAUAACAUGACUGGAAUUCACAUCACAUGGACACAACCUUAAAAGAACUAACGACGAGGAAACCUUGGGUCCCAUCCCUGCAUUCGUGUGGAUGCCACUUGACAUGCACCACCCACCCAUACACCGUUGGUGGCCAAGCACACAGAUGGAGGACUGAGCGUUCAUUGUACUUGGUUCUGACCUGUCUUGGCAUGUAAACUGGACCUCUGGGGUAUCCUGUGCCGUCUGGCAACACAGCACUGGCGGAGGUUCCUGUGAGUCAUGUCGUUUGUGAGGUGGGGCCUUCAUGGAUCUAAUUUUUCCGGCACUUACAUACAUUAUACUAUUUAGACUUACAUACUUACACAAGAUUUAAAAGCAGAACUUUUAAGCAAGAGUAAUUGUGUGAUGUUGUUUUUAUUUCAGUGCCAUAUUUUCCAUGAGAUGGAAAGAAAAACAUGAACACCUGCAAAAUAUAGGACGUCCUUUGUUAAAUCUUUAACUGAGAAAUGAUGAUUUAACAGUCAAGUGUUAAGAUGGUAAUGGGUGGAGCUGUUGUGUGGCAUUAAAUAUAUAAUAUAUGGUGCAAUGGUUUUUGUGUGUUUGUGUCUCAGUCAUGCUGCUGUAAUCAGUUGUAGCUUUGUAGCUAUAACAUUAAUCAGUUCACAAAUAAGAAUGACUGCAUAUGAGAAAAAUCCAAACUGUCCUUUAUUGUUACCACACGAUUUACAAAUGAUCAGACUGUCUCGCAGUGUAGCAUGAAUAUUGAUUAAAAAGCUUCACAGGAACAAAAAAGAGAAGUAACUCUACAGAUGAACACAAAACCUAUUACUACCAUGAACAAAA